UGAAAUGUCAAGGAAAAAUGGGAGUUCUUACUGGAAUAGCUAUUAUAAGCGACGUCAUUAUGGGUCAGAUACCCCCACUCCUCUAUCUGAACGCAAAUAAUAAAGAGGGAUCUAGAGUGAAAGGGGAUACAUACUCAAGACCCUAUCGAUAUAGGGAUUACAGUCAAAAAUCAAACAGCAUUAAAGGAGUUUCAGCAAAUUCUAGGAUAUCUUACACUCCUCAGGAUCUUAAAAGGAAGGCAGAGAACCUAAAUCACCCAAGGAGCAGUUAUGAUAAAGGAAAUAUAGAUUAUUAUAUCAAAUAAGGAACUCAAAUCAGCCCAUGAGAAGAGAGAUAUCUAUAAAGAGACCUUCAAAGGCACCUCAUAUGAUGACUAUAAGAAGUACUAUCUUGAGAGAGAAAGUGUUAAGAGAAAACCUGUAGAAUCCAGGUUAGACUUCAGUACGAAAUCUGCUCGUGUCUCUAAAAGCCCUCUAAAAGAGAGUAGGGAUAAGCUAAGGUACGAUUUCAUACCUGCUAGAUCAGGUAAAAAGAGAAGGAAUGAUGGCAAUAAGUCCUUAAUAGCUGAUAAAGAUCAGAUGAAGCUUGACAAAUAAAGAAAAUAAAACUGUCUCUGUUACGCCGGUAAAGACUACUUAUCCGAAGUACUCUGCGCCACAAAAGAAUGGAAUCUCUGAUUCUAAGACACAGGUUUAUAAGCGAUAUGAUAAUAUAUCACAUAAAAGCGAGCAAUCGGAAGUCACUUUUGAAGAUGUUGCUUCUCAAGUUCCAAAUCCAAGUUGCCCUCCAAAUCCAUCAAAGAAUUUCAAGAAUGAUUCAACUCCUCCUGAUUUCAAUCUUCCCUCACCAGUUCUUGAUAAGACUACUGGAGGGUAUCUGGCACCUAAAACUAUGGAGAAUGUUGGGAAGAAAACACUGGUUCUUGACCUCGAUGAAACCCUAAUCCAUAGUUGGUUCAGACCAAUCAAAAGUCCAGACUUAUGCUUGGAUGUCAAAAUAAAGAACAAAUUCAGUAAAAUAUAUAUCCUGACACGUCCGUGGGUGUAUGAUUUUCUGGAUGAAGUCCAGAAAAUCUAUGAGGUCGUAAUUUUUACUGCGUCAGUUUCUACAUAUGCAAUCCCAAUAAUUACCAAACUGGAUAGGACGAACUAUCAGUUUCAGAUGUUGUUCAGACAACAUUGUGAUAGCAAAGAUGGCUCCUUUGUGAAGGAUCUGUCCAAAUUAGGAAGAGAGCUCAAGGAUUGAAUCAUUAUAGAUAACACACCUGGAUGCUAUAGAUUCCAAAAAGCCAACGCGUUGCCAAUUCCAUCUUGGUUCGAGGAUCCUCGAGACAGAGAACUUGAUAAACUCCUACCGAUAUUGAAAUAAACUGGCUAAGGUUCAGGACGUCAGACCGUAUAUUAAAUAAGCUUGUCAAAGGCACUAAAGUGAGCUUUAGCAAGAUCCACAGAGUCUUUAGAAAUACCGAUGGAUAUGACUCUGUUGCUCAAAGUUAUUCCUUCAGAGUUGAAAAGGACCAAAAGACUGAUACCAGUAGGUCUCAGCAUCGCUCGAAAAGUACCAGACGGCAUCAUAAAAGUAAGCAUUCCAAGACAAGGGAGAUUGAUUUCUCAAGAGAUCCAUGGGCUGAUACAACCAAGGUCACUGAGAGUGAGAAGAUAAAAUAGCAUGAAAUCGUUGAAGAAAGAGUCCAACCUCAAACCUAAGAUUAAGCAUUCAUUUGUGAACAUAAAUAAUGUGAAUAAGAAAAUCUAUCCAAAGAAGAAAAAGUCUGUUAAGUAUAGUUCCACUAAGAAGUUAAGGAAGGACAAGGAGAAGAGAAUGACAAAGGAGUCUUCAACAUCCCUUCUCCAGAAGAACAGUGAUCGACUUCGAAAAGAGAUCAAAGAAUACUCCCAAAAGCUUAAAAAAUCAAUCCCAAAUUUUGACAUAGAAGACAAUGUAGCAACGAGGAAGCAGGAAGAGACAUCUAAGCUUGCGAAUUAUGCGCAUAACCUCAGGAGGUCCUACUUGCGUUCUGGGAAGAGCCGAAAGAAAAGCUAGGGAAAUGUCCCAGAAUAUGGCCCAAAUUUUAGACUAAAUUCAAC